CUCUCCCGCCGGUUUCUCCCUCAGCUCCUGCUCUCCGCACGUGCUUCCUGUAUCACAUGACGCGCAGCGCGCCCGCGGAUUGGCUGUCUCACCCCUCACUUGUUACUGUACAUUCAGGACGGGACGCGGUUCUGAGGUAAAUGUUAUCGGCUCGUCUCACGGGCCACAGGGUGUACGGGGUCCCAAGGUGAACGGGAUCACAAGGUGUACGGGGUCCCAAGGUGAACGGGAUCACAAGGUGUACGGGGUCCCAAGGUGAACGGGAUCACAAGGUGUACGGGGUCCCAAGGUGAACGGGGCCACACGCUGCGACUCCACCGCCCGAUCCGGGUGUAGUAAGAUGGCAGCUCUUUGUUUGGGUUAAGGCUGUUUCAUCCAAUAAGUUGCGAGCACCGAGCACUGACCCCGCCCACACCGUGACCGGUGCCGAAGGAGGGGCCCAUUGUCCUUUUCUAUUCUUUACAGAUGGCGUCAAGCAGCUCUCAGGGAUGCCGUGCAGGGAAGCGAGCCAAGAAGCCAGGUAAGAAGCGUCGCCUGCAGCGGGCGCCAAAAGAAGACUACUUUAUCCAGCACACUGACAAGGACAUGCUGCUCCUCAUCCCUAAUGAACUGCGGGAAACCGUCAGAGUGGUGAAACGCGUGCGCCGGACUGAGGAGGACGCUGGGGGCCCCAUCACUGCCGACUAUGGCUGGGGCAGCCUGAUGCCCCGUGAGAUCAUCCACAGGAUCUUCCAACUGGUGGUUGGCAGUGAGGGGGCAGUGCCCACCCUGUGCAGGCUGGCGCAGGUGUGUCACCUCUGGCACCAGGUGGCCUAUAGCCCAGAUCUGUGGCAUCAAGUGUCUGUGAGCCGAUGCUGGAUCCUCCCGACUAACAACGAUCCCCCCAAUGUUCAGAACAAGGUCAAGAAGACCAUAGAGACCCUAAUACAACAAAGACUUUCUCAGGUCUGUGACUUCUCUAUCCAUCACUGGAAGAAUCACAUCCCAUUAGUCCUCCAGAGUCUCUCCUCCUCCUGCCCACUCCUGUCCUCUCUGACGCUGGGUCACUGCAGUAAGGUGACAGUGGACGCUCUGGAGUCCGUGGGUCAUCACUGCCCCCAUCUGACCUCCCUUAAUCUGCAGAACUGUAAGGUGGACCCUAAUGCCGUGUCUCGCUUCCUGAGUAUCCGUGGCACCACCCUCCGCUGCCUUUAUCUGACAUUCAGCAGCCAGACCAAUAACAUCUUCAGCCUGCUUGCAAGAGGCUCCUGCCCUGAGCUUAGGCUCCUGGAGGUGAACAGAGGAAUGCUUGAGGUUAUGAAGGAGGUUCACAUCUCUGCUGAGGCGCUCCAGGCGUCAUGUCCAAAGCUGGAGGUGAUGCGACUGCUGAAUGUCAUCUUCUCGCUGAAGUCCAAAAUGUCCUCAUCCCCAGAGAGUCCGGGCUUCAGCCACCUACGGGAGCUGUGUCUGGCCACCACCUCCUUCUCCCUCAUCUCUGACAGCAUGUGCAAGAGACUGCUGCGAGGCUGUGCCAGACUGAGAGUGUUGGACCUGCGCGGCUGCUACACAGUGACCCCAGAGGGCAUCUGUGACCUACCGUGUACAGAUCUGGAGUGCCUAUACCUAGGCAUGUACUACAAUGAGGACACAUUUAGGCCCAUCCUUCCCCACACAGGCUGCUGCUUACUGAUCAAACGGUGGCGCCACAGCCUGCAGGAGCUGGACCUGACUGGGCUGAACUUCAGUGACUGUGAACUAAGCGAAGCCCUGGGCAUACUAUGUGGCGGUGGGACCAAUGACACGCUGCAGUCUCUCAGCCUCACAGGAACCAAGGUUACUGCCGCUGCGGUCAGGGACCUACUGUCCAGCUGCCGGGCCCUCACAUACCUGGACCUCACUUCAUGUCGGAACGUGCCACGGGGCCUGAAGUGUGCAUACCGCGGCGUGGAGAACAUCCGCCAAUGUCUGCAAACGUUAUCUAGCAGGAUGGUGGAGGAGGAGAGCAGGGCGUAGCCAACACUGGGGGCGCCACCACCUUUUAUAUGUCACACACAUCCUGUCUUAGAGUUUUUGUUUACACCAAAGUUUUUGUGGUUUGGGAGUUAAUUUUCUAUGAAUAAAUGACCUUCC